AUGCCAGACGAAGCGGGUCAUAAAAGACAGCGUGUUUCUAAAGCCUGUGAUUCCUGUCGUCGCAAGAAAGUUAAGUGUGAUGGCGUUCAACCAGUGUGUGGUAACUGUUCGACUUUUAACCUGGAUUGUACCUAUAAUGAUGCCACCAAAAAAAGGGGUCCCCCUAAAGGUUACAUCGAAGCUAUUGAGACACGACUACAUAGAAUGGAAUCUCUUUUAGGUGGAUUGGUUCAUAGCAAUGAUCCCUUUGCAGAGGCUGUAUUGGCAGAGUUAAUGCAGGAUGACCCGCGCCCUUCUCGUAGAUCUGGAAAUAUGGAAUUUACAUGGAAGAAUGGCUCUUCAUCAGCGCAUGAUGCAGGACGAUCGGGCAGUUGUGGAGUGCAAAGCCCUGAAAAUGUUUUGACAUCUGAAGCAAAAGAUAAUUCUAUUAUCGAUGAUCUAAAUGAUAUUAUGGGUAUUCUUAGUAUAGAUGAAAACAGACAGGUUCGUUAUCAUGGACGAAGUAGUGGGCUUUAUCUCCUAAAGAAUAGUGAACGAUACAAAAAUGGAAUCCUGUCGUUAUCCGAUAAUUCUCCAGAGGAAAAUUUAUUUUCUACCCAAAAUCUAGAAUUAUUAAAACGACCGGAAUUGGCGACAUUGCCUUCCCAAGAAAUAUCCGAUCACCUAUUGGAGACUUAUUUCACACACAUCCAUCCUCUAUUACCUAUUAUAUAUAAACCAAUUUUUUUUAAUAGGUUAAAAGAUCGAGAUAAUCCACCACUUCUUCUUUUGAAUGCUAUAUACGCUCUUGCUGCAAGAUAUUCUGAUAGACCUGAACUAAGAAAGAAUCUUCAGGAUUCGCAAACGGCCGGUGAUGAAUUCUUUGACCGUGCAAAGGCAUUGCUUGACAAUGAUUAUGAUAAAUCUCACAUAACAACUAUUCAAGCUCUUAUUAUAAUGGCUUUAAGGGAUAUUAGGAUCGAUAACACCACGAGAUGUUGGAUUUACAUUGGUAUGGCUGCAAGGAUGGCGCAAGAUUUAGGUAUUCACCGUAAUAACGAAAAAUGGCAGCCGAUCUCGUUAUCACACGAAGAAAAAGAAGAACAAAAACGUGCAUUCUGGUCAUGUUUUGUAGUUGAUAGAAUAGCGAGCACACAUAUGGGACGUCCGUUAGGUAUUGAUGAAAAAGAUGUGGAUGCUGCGUAUCCAUCAGAAGACGAAGGUGAUGAAUACGAAUUACUUCCGUUUAAAAUGACACAUGCAACAACAUCUUCAACAUUAUUAUCGUCACCUACUUCUACUAGUAGCAGCGUUUUUGGGUCACCUAUGUCCCCUGCUUCAACGAUAAUUAACAAGGAGUCACCAAAUGCCGCACGUUCUGUUUCGCGAUUUAACCGUUUGAUAAAACUUUGUGAAAUAAUGGGACGCAUUAUUCAAAAUAUAUAUGCGAUUCGAUGUAAUGUAUCUUCUGCUAAUAGUACAGUUACAUCAAUUCUUGAUUCAUCUCUUACGUCUUGGUUCGUAAACUUACCACCACAUUUACAAUAUAAUCCAUCAUCGGAUCAAAAUUAUGACACAACAACACUCAAUCUUCAUGGUUUAUAUUAUUCGACAUUAAUCCUUCUUCAUCGCCCCUACGCGAACACAAUUGGUAAAAAUCCAUCUCAUAACAUAUGUACUACUGCGGCAAAUGCGAUCACUGAAAUCGCUGAUUCAAUGAGGCGGCGGAAACAAUUAAAACAUAGUCCAACUACUGUAAUUUAUUGUACUUUUUCAGCUGCAGUUAUUCAUACAUACAAUGCUAUUCAACCUGAUAUUACUAUUUCUCAACCAGCAAGGGAAAACCUUGAAAAGUGCCUAAAAAUAUUAGAUGCUUUAAUUGCUAUUUGGCCAUUAACAUAUAAAUACGCUGUUAUAUUAACAGAGUUAGCAAACUUGAGAGAUGCACAGUUGGAUGUAAACAUGGAAUCAAAAAAUGAUGGACCAGAAGAUGGAUUUAAUUCUAGGAAACAUAUUAAUCCUCCAAUCAUCUUAGAUCAACAUGAACGACAGGCGAGGAUUCACGCUUUAAAUAAUAAAAUCAUAUCACAUAAUAAUAAAGGUAGUUCUACACAUUCACAAAUGUUUAACCCCGUAUCUUCUUUAAAUCAUUCGCAGACUUAUGAACGACAACCUUCUGUAAUGGGUUUUGGUAAUCCUCUCACAAUUUCUUCACAAUCAUCAUCGUCAUAUAAUCAAACACAAAAAUCACAACUGUUACAUCACGAUUUGCCAGAGUCUGCUCAAAUGUUUAAUAAUCCAUUUGGGUACAGAUAUAUUACUUCUGCCACAGCAGACCAACAAACUCAACAUACCAUAGGUGGUACGGAUCCAUAUGCCGCUCCAGGUGUGGUAUCAACAAAUCAUAGAAUAGGAAAUGAUACAAUCAAUUCAAUAAAUUCCGAAUUUUGGCUUCCGCAAAAUGCGGAGUUAGGUGAACGAUCUUCGUAUUUUGGUUCACAACCAAUGCAACAAAGUGUCUCACCAUUCUCUUCGCCACCUGCGUUACAUUCUCAACCACAAGCACUAAUGCAGAUACCACUGUUACAUGAUGAUGGAAACGAUGUAAAUAUGUUUGCGGAUAAUCAUGCAUUUGCUGCUAUAGGGGUUGGUAAUUGUGGUAACAGAAGGGGAAACACUUCACCAGUGCCAUAUUUUUGA